AACGCGUGUCCGUCGUUACGGGUUAAUCAUCCGACUCCAUUCCCAUUCCAAAGAAGAUCACUCGUCAUUUGAGCGACCUUUAAUUAAAACGUACAAUAAACAAAGAAAAAUUUAUAUGAGAACAGAGUGCGAUGAUACCUCACUAUAGUGGUUCGGUCAGGGAUUUGCGACAAGGUGUCCAAAAAUUGAUGCAAUUAGGUGGGUAUUUUUCUCAGUUUUCGAUUCAAAAUCUAUUCCAUCUGCAUCGUAACCGAUCGAAUUCUGAUCGAGAAAAUUCAGAUGACCACGACGGCAGUCGGAAGUCACGAGCACUCGAGUCAAAAUUGGAGCAGCACACGAAAAUAUUCGCCUCGAUGUGCCCGGACGAGAUUCUGGACUAUUACGACAACUAUCACACAAGAAUGUACUAUACCACUCUGAUGCUUGGCGACGUAUCAGGAUUCACGGAUCUAGCUGAGAAAUACACGAAAGCAGGUAAAGGUGGGCCAUCGAAGUUGACCGAAACGUUGAACAGCUACAUCGGUGCCAUGGUGCAAGAAAUACUGUCGCACAACGGCGACGUGUUGAAGUUCUCUGGCGACGCGUUCAUUGUAAUGUGGAAGCUGAGCAACGACAUGAUGAUGCGCGAUCUGGCGAUAGAAGCCAUGCAAACUGCUUGCAUCAUCCAAAAACACUUUGGGACUUACGAGACUGAAGUUGGCGUUACGCUCAGAGGUUCGUCCUGGUUGAUCGAAGCUUCCUUAGCCGAUGAAUUUAUCUGCAAACGUUCUAACCUGAAAUUAGCGAUAGCUUCCGGAAGAACUUACUUCACGUCCAUCGGAGAUCCGGAGACCAUGUCGCAUUACAUUAUCACCGGAAAACCAGUGUGGGAUGUAAAGUUUGCCGAGGGUCUCUGCCGAGGCGGCGACAUUCUGGUUGCACCCAGUAGUUGGCAGUGGGUGAAUCCGAACGAGUACGUGCACGAAACGUUAUCGGACGGUGUCCACACCUUGAUCAUAGCGUGCACCAGUUCGUGGUACCAAUCUAAGGAAGACGAGCCGGUGUCCAGUACCGAGGUAAUGCCGCGAAUCAUUGGGAACGUCGUCGAUGUGGUGUUCCGCUUCUCAGUGCGGCCGAAAGUUGUGAAAAUAGCGAAGGCUCGUCUGAAAGACGCCCUGAGAAGCUACAUGCUGAGACCAGUGAUCAGAUCCGUGGAGAUGGACGAGCCUAUGGAAUACCUGACAGAGAUGAGACAGGUAGUGAUCGUGUUCAUCAACGUCCUAACGUCGACGGUAGGCAAGAAGACGCUGAUCAGCUUGGUCAACUCGGCUUACAAACUGGUUUGCAAGAUCGUCGGUGGAAUGCACGGAUGCGUGAACAAGACCUCCCUCUUCGAUAAGGACCUGAUGUUUCUCUGCGUGUUCGGUUUGCGUGGUGACAAACACGAGUUGGAAUCCCAGAUCGGACUGAAAUGCGCGGCGAAGGUGCGCAACACCCUCCUGACCGUGGAGAACGUGAAAUCUGUGACCGUCAGCGUGACCACGGGAAUGACGUACUGCGGAGUCGUCGGCCAUAUCCUCCGGAGGGAAUACACGGUCAUCGGGAUAUCAGUGAACAAGGCUGCGAGGCUCAUGGUCGCCUACAAGGACAAAGUGGUCUGCGACCGAGAAAGCUUCCUCCAUUCUCAUCUCGAGGCCAGGCACUUCAUUCUGCAGGAACCGAGAUACUUGAAGGGAAUCACGAACGUGGGUCCGAUAUACGAGUUCCAGGAGCAGCCGAAGUACAGCAUGACGGAUCAAGUGUGGACCAAGUAUCCACUACUCGGCAGAGAAGCCGAGAUAGCGAAGUUCCAGAAGAUUAUGAUGAAUCUGCUGGAAUACUCUACUAAGCCGCCGAACAAAGGCGCGAGACCUAAAUACAACACGCUGAUUAUAAAAAAGUGUGACACGGCAAAUCUCUCGGCGCAGACCCCGUACAGCCUGAUUUACCUGAUAUUCUCUCUAUGCCUGUCCUUGACCAUAUCGACGACCCGCAAAGAACGCGAGGACAAAUUACUCCAACGACUGGCCAGGGUGCGCCAAACCUAUUUCCUCUGCUCCCUCAAUCAGCUCUUCAACGUGCGCUUUCCCAUGUCGGAACGGUACAACAGUCUCUCCAAGUUAGAGAAGUGGAAGAUCCUGCGGAAGUUCCUGCUGAAACUGGUAAAGGCCUGCUUCACGGAGUUUUGGGUGAUGAUCAUCGACGACGCCGAAUACAGCGACCAGGAGUCGCUUCAGCUCUUCGACGUUCUGACGAAGAGGGACAUGGUGUACUAUGUUCUGGGCAUUGGCCGGAAACUGGGGACCGAAUUUCACAUCCAUCGGAAUAUCCUAGGCAAAGCCAAAAUUAUAGAACUUCACGGAGUAGACAGGUGGUUUCACGCGGGCCUCGCUUGUCAAACAUUGAAUGUGAAUGCUUUGCCCGCAGAGGAUCUCAGUGCAUAUUUAGUGACGACUGUGACUGCUUCAAGACUCUUACAAGAGAAGAGCUUCGGGAAUCCGGGCUGGAUUGAGAGCUACUUGGUGAGUCUGUUGCAAGCCGGAGGCCUGGAAAUAGUAAUAAUUAGUAAGAACGAAGCCAUAGAGGAGGGCUACGUGAUACCUCCGGUGACCAUGUUGAAAAGAUUCGCGAAAUCGGCGAGCACCAUGGAACAACCAGAACGCAAGGACAGAUGGCAGAUGUACCGAUCCAGUUUCAAGGUUCGUGUUCCUUGCAUUCUUCGCCACGACAGCAUGAUGUCACUGAUAGAGGAGAACAUUGCCAGGAACGUUCUGCAGGGGCAGUCGGCUAUCGUGACCGAUGAGACCUUGAUCGCGGUUUGCAAAAUCUCGGACAAAAUCCUCGAGGCAGAUACCGAACGAACAAGUUUCCACAUUUCAUUUGUCGCUUUAGUUAUGAUCUUGAAGCUCUUCGAUUCCCUAACACCUUUGGACCAGCUCCUGCUGAAGUGCGCUUCCAUAAUUGGCGAGACUGUCAACAGACACAUGCUGGAGAGUUUGAUGAACAUAUCCGAGAAAAGAGAAAUCGGGCUAGGUUUGCAAGAUCAUGACCUAACAAGGAUGUACGAAACGAUUGAAAGCUCCCUCGUUGUCUCAGCUGUUGCAAAACUGUUCGAGAUUCGAGUCUUUGGUUGUGCUACCGGUGACUUCACCAACUACUCGGGACCGAUAAUAUUUAUCCAGAACAUGCGGAAUCCGGCGUCGGAGACUGGUAUCUUCUGCAAUUGCAUCGGUCUUACUAUUCCAGCCGAGCUAGAUGAUCUUCCACGGCACGCUUCCUGCGGUUUGAUGAGGUUCAAAAUGACGAUGUUUCGCGAUACGACCUAUCGACUGCUCACGGAGAACCAAAAGAUGGAGCUACACAACCAGGCAUUGAAGUACCUGAAGCAAUAUUCGAGACGUUGCCAGUCCUGCGGUGAGGGCCAGUUCGCAAAAUUGCUAGGGAAGAUCUCGAAACGGGAGGAGAGAUUGAGGAGGCCGUCCGUGAUCGAGGAAAUGUUUGGUAGCGCGGAGUUCGAGACCAUGCGUGACGUUCAGGGGACAAAGAAUGUGCAGCGUGGCAAGUGGUUCUCUUGCCUGAACAUGUUCAGACGCAUCGAAAGAAGUCCGACGGUCACGUUCUCCGACGCGGACUUCAACAAUUGCCAGUGCGAUCUGAUAUUAAUGACGGUGUACACGCAGAUGCUGGACCAUUGUCGCGGCAUUGGAAAAAAUGAGAUGACAAUUACCGCCAUUUUGGAGUUCGCGGAGAUCUGCCUGAUGACCUUCAAUAUACCGCAAGCUCGUAAACUACUGGUGGAAAGCGAGUCGAUUCUGGCCCAGUUGUUCCAAUCGGCGAACGACGAGGUAAUCCUGCUGCCCUACCUUAGCGCCAAGAUUCAGACCCUGCAAGGACAAUGUUAUCUCGAAAGUGGCUCGCUCUUCGAAGCGGAGAAGAUCCUCGAGGCGGCUUUGCAUAAUUUAGGCUACAAGUUCCCGAAGAUCGAUUUGAUGAUCGACAUAUUCUCGACCAAAGAACUGCUGAGGCUGAAAUGGAAUUUGAAGUGCGGGUAUCAUAUCGAAAGCACCAACGAACGCGUUGUCGCAGAAGGCAGCAUAACCGAGACCGUGGACUAUCUCGAACAGUUAGCCGAAUGCUUGGCGCAGAUGUUCGAUCUUUUCAGGAUCAAAGGCAUGAAAAGGCACGCGCGACUGGCAGCUAUCUGGUGCUUGAACACUGCUUUAAGGACCACUGGGAACUUCUUCGUUUUGAGCACAUCCUACACCAACAUGUUGAUCACUGCGCACAUGUACGAGGACAGAGCUAUUAUACCGUCUUUGGAAGAGAAGGGCCUCGACAUUUGCAGGCAAAGCAGAGACGCCAUCGAAGCGCAGGAAUUGAACAUGAUCGCUCUGCUUUACGCGGGAAUAUUUUUCUCGAGAUGGGUAAACGGACAAGUCUUUAAAGCGAUCAAAAUCGGCUUCGUCUGCUGCAGAAUGGCUGCCACGAUCGGCUCCACGUUUCUGAAACAGUUGAUCAUGCCUCGUCUGACUCAUCUACUCAUGCUUUCUUGCCGCUAUUCGGAGGCGAUCACACAGCUAAGAGAACUGGAGUUCGAGUCCAACAACGAUCUAGACAAAUCCGGUCGCACCUGGUACUACGCGCUCUGCGCCGAUUUACAAUUGGAUACCGGUAUCACGCUACUGUCUUUCAAAAGCUGCGAACGGUAUUACCUUCGGGAAGGUGAGUCGAUGAUCAGUUUACACGACCCAGAAGCGGAAAGACGGUACUUCAUCUCCAUGUGGCUAUGGUGCAUUAGAACAGGACAAUGGGAAGCUUCUAAAAUCUGGGAGAGAAAAAGUGUGACCGAGACGUCGAUCAUGGAUGAACACAUAGUAGCAGCCACCAUCACCGCCUUGAAGAGGCUCGAGGGUUUGCUUAUUCUUUAUGGUAGCUAUAUUUUACGAAUCUGCUUUCAACUUCUCCAACAGCUUUGCAAUAAUGAACUACGCUCGCGGUUAGUGCACAAAUUAAACAGCAGAAACGUCGAUGCGGCGACUACUCUGUCGCAAGUAAAAGACAUAUUCAGGGAGAUGAAGAUGGUGACUAAGAUUGUUAAGAUCACAAUUCCCAGGUACAUGUUUUUGAAAGCGUAUUAUUAUAUGAUCAACUUUCAAAGAAAUACUGCGAUGAAACUACUGAGACGAUUGAAGAAAAUAUGUACGAAGGUGGAGAACCAAAUGAUCUACACCUGGGCACUUCAUUUUGAGAAGGUAUGGUCUGGUGGUUCGUCCGAGGUACUAGAUGACAGAUGGAAGCAGAAUGCAGAGAAAAAAAUGAGUGAAUGGUCCGAGAUCAACGCAAAUGAAACUACGAUGGUCGUCUUCACAUUUCCAUUACCAACACAUCCCAAUUAAUCUUCCUGCGUUGACAUAUAAAUGUAUAAAUGUGGAAUAUUAAUGUAAUUUUAAUCUACGAAAUAGAAGUUUUCUUUUAAACCAAGUUUUCAAAACCUAUCAUCGCUUACUUACAUAGUAGUAUUUUCUGACAAUUGUAUCCUAAAAUAUGUAUACAUACAUAGUAUCAAAUAUUUGAUACGAGCGUAUAACAAAUGACAUACUCGCGAGUCAAACUUCAGGUGUCUUCAGACACUGCAAAUUAUUCUAUGAGCUAAUCAGGAAUCAAAAUCUUUGUAUAAAAGAUACAUCUACUACAUUUCAAUCAUGUCCGCAAGUGCAAAUUGUUCACCUUGUCAAUCAGUCGUUUCUCCAACAAUUUUUGUAGAUCCUAAUUCUAGAUCUUGCACAGUUUCCUUUCCUGCAAUAUGUACUCCUUAUGCAGUUCUCUCUAAUUUCCCUCGUGCUCCUUACAGUGGUUGUUCAUCUCAUCUAUUAUAUUGUGAUAAAUAUCAACCAAUUUCAACAUUACGUAAUGUUCGUUCUGCUUAUACAUGUCCUCCUUACACAUCAAGCACAUAUAGAUGUUAAAUUUAGAUCCAAAUUGUGAUAUUGUAAUUUAAUUAAUAAUUACGACAUUAUGUUGUCAUAGCUCUAAAUAAAGUGUGUAAAGAAUCAUAUUCAACACCAGA